AUGUUUAAUGCAAAAUCAUAUCGGGAUCCGAGCUUUCGCUUCCCAUUUCAGUGUAUUUUUCUGAAAAUAAAUGGUUCUUGGCCACUUGAAACAACUUCGAAAAAAUUUGCGAAUUGUGCAAUAACUAAAAAAAAUCUGUUUGCUUUCGCUUACACUUUUUGGUCGUGGUAUGUCAUCAUAUCAGUGGGCAUAACAAUCAGUUUUCAGGUAUCGUUUUUGGUUAAUCACUUUGGAGAUAUUAUAGUGAUAACGGAAAAUUGCUGUACUACGUUAAUGGGUGUAUUAAAUUUUAUCCGUUUACUACACUUACGCCUGAACCAAAAAAUGUUUCGGGAAAUAAUAAGACAAUUUGUAAGCGAUAUUUGGAUACCAGAUAACACAAAUGUGAGCAUUACUAAGGUUUGUCGUAAACGGAUGAAUACUUUUCGGGUGAUGACUAUUUUACUUUCGUGCUUGAUACUUAUGUACUGCGUACUGCCGUUAGUGGACCUAUUUUGGGGGCUUGACACAGAGGCUUCAGAAAAACCAUUCCCAUAUAAAAUGCAGUUUCCUUACAACCCGUACAGAAAUUGGAUGUGUUAUGCGCUAACGUACUUUUUUACGGCAUAUGCUGGAAUUUGCGUGGUUACCACUCUUUUUGCUGAGGAUUCCAUAUUUGGAUUUUUUAUAGCAUACACUUGCGCGCAAUUCAGUUUACUUCAUAAACGUAUUGAUGAAUUAAUGGCGGUGACCAAAAAAAAGGUGUUAACCAAAGAUGAAUUCGAUAAAAUACAGCUUGAACAGGUUAGGGAGCUACAAUAUAUUGCGCGUAAACACAACAUGAUAAUCUGUUUUGCUAAACAACUGGAGGACUUUUUUAACCCCAUACUUCUCGUUAAUCUAAUGAUUUCGGCACUACUUAUUUGUAUGGUUGGGUUCCAACUAGUGACUAGCAAAAAUAUGUUCAUUGGUGACUACAUAAAGUUUGUGGUUUAUAUAUCAUCCGCAAUAUCGCAGUUGUCAAUACUUUGUGGAAAUGGAGAUAUGUUGAUACAGCAUUCGACUAUCACUGCUUGGCAUCUAUAUAAUUGCAAAUGGGAAGGCGUGUACCAAUUGCCUCACAAUAUAAUUCCCUACACCAACAAAGAGUUCAGAACAAAUUUGGAAUUUAUGAUAAUGUGUAGUCAGCGACCAGUGCGGAUAACAGCUUGUAAAUUUUCGACCCUAUCACUUCAAAGUUUUACAGCGAUUCUUAGCACAUCGAUGAGCUACUUUACACUACUGCGCUCACUCUUCAACGAUAACGAAAUGUAG